AUCUUCUAGCAGAAAAUGCUCUCACAUGACAGUUGUGGUUAGCGAGACAGGAUGUCAGCAUUUUCAUGUUGGAGAAGAAUAUUAAAUGAUUUUAAAAAUACAAGUGUACAACAGGUUUCCUGCUGAAGGAAUCAAUAGGAGAACAGACAAGCGAAAAAAUACAUUUAAAGGUGAGUGAAGAGAAGUCUGAUCUGAGAUUUGCAGCGAUGGCAGCAUUUAAGACACUGAUGGUGGUCGUCCUGCUAAGCAUCUUUGUGGCAGGAAGUCAAACAAAAGGAGAUCAAGAUACUGUAUCACAUCAGAAUCAAGCUUCUGUGAUUGAAAAACUGACAGUUUUCACAGAGCAGACCUUUAUUUCGGGCAGAAAUGUGGCUUUACAGUGUGGCAAUGUCAAUGAUGUCAAAUGGAACGAAUUAAUUUAUAUUGUCUGGAACAUCAGCCUGCAAGGCAGAAAAUGCUGGCUUGGUUUGUCACCCAAGCUGGACAACACAUGUAAUGAUGGAAAGAGGCUGUACAACACCUCAGAUGGAGUUUCUUUAUUCAUUCCCAAGAUUUCAACAGAAGAUGAAGGAUUUUACUGUUGUGAUGUAUCAUAUAAAGGAGGAAGCUAUGCUGUAAAUGUGUCUGUAAACAUUAACCAACUUUCCACCAGGCUGGAAAGUGAAAACAGUCUAAGGAUUGCUAUCUGUAGUUCCACAUCUAAAAAGACAGAACCCACUCUUCAUUGGGAACCUGCCUUAAACUAUUCCUCCAAUAACAGUUCUGUCAAGGAUGGCAAAUCUUUUAUAGUGGUGAAUCGAUUAUAUCUGCCGAAUACGGUCAACAUCAGUGAGCUCACCUGUGUGGCCACAUACAAAUCUGAGUCCGGCUCUGUGCAGCAGAAGAGCACACUUCAUUUCACAACAGGCUCUCACAUGCGUGGAGUAUAGGCCUACACACACACACACACACACACACACACACACACACACACACAACAGCAUGUCAAGAUACCAUUCAUCUGAAGUUUAUCAACAGGAGCAAAUCUAACUGGACGAGGAGCUUUAACUGCAGUAUGUGUGUAUCACUGCCAGUACAAGUAGUUACUGUUUCACAGACAUUUAUAAUGCAUUUACUUCUUGGUAGUUCUUUAAGAAACAACAUGGUUGCUUAACUUGUAUGUGUUGUAAUGAGACUUUGAGAGUAACAUGAGUGUGACUGCACAGCUGUACAGCUCUUCACCCAUUUGCUGGUUUAUUUUUAUUUUUUUAUUUUUUCUACAGGAACAACAAUCAAAUUUUGUCUUAAAAUGAAGGAAGAAACACCCACAGAAAUAUGAAGAAAUUUAGACGAUAAACAGGAUGUGGAUGGCAAAAACAGGCAUGAUAAAGUGAAAUGGAAGGGUGUGUUUACCUGAGAAUUGCUGACAUUAUAUUUUAACAUAGAGCAUUUGUUUUGUUUAUCUUAUCUGAAAUGAAGAUGCGAUUCAAUUUUUGGCCUCUGAGUCAACAAAUAAAUUAUUAGUAUUAAAGUACAAACAUUUUGCGUGUGCUAUCUUUCUUUUGUAUAAAUGCCACAAUGAAAUUUUGUUAUAUAAUGCAAUGAUGUUUAUUGGAGCAAUUGUAAAACCAGCAGUUAUAUGAAGAUGUCUUACAAAAGUCCACAAAUUCUUUUUAGAAGAAAUAAGAAUGAAACUGAGGUGCACUGUUCCAAAAGCUAUUCAGGUCUUCUGUUUCCCUUUAUUUAUGGCAAUCUGAUGUGAUUUUAUUAUUUGCACUUACGCAAUAAAUUCCAAAGCCACUAUUGUGCGUGUUUGAGAGAGAGAGAGCGAAAGAGAGAUUAUAUCUGUUCAGACUGAGGUCAGUUAGCAGCAUUACUCACCAGGUAGCUCACCAUCAGCGCUUUAUUCAACUUGUAUUGAUGAACUCAUUUAUGAAGUCACUCAACAGUCUUAACAUUUCAAACCCUGCACCUACUACCCACUAGCUGAAAACCAAUUCAGCUGAGUCUGAACCAUGAGUGUAAGUGCAUGUCAUCCUAUGAAGCUGAAGACACUGUGGUAUAGUACUUAGUAAAGUGAGCUAGCAGUGACUGUAGUCCAGGACACUGUGACUUUAUGGAGGGUCAUGAGAUUCACCGAAGACAAGCCUAGGUUUGUUUAUACUGAAAGGGCCUGAACAAUGGGUUUUACGUCAUGGGAAAGCUGGAUUCAUUAAUUCACGGCAGCUUCCUAGAAAAAUUAGACAGGAACAAAUAUUCUGAAAUCAACAGCAUGUUACAAUAAUAUUAGCAUUUAAUGCAGAUAAGCAUUAAGAUUGCAAAAUAAGAUAAAAUACUGAAUUAUAAGUUACAAAAUGUAUACAACAGAACUGCA